AUGGCGAUGGGCAUUUUGGGUUAUUCCGAGUUACUCGCCGCUCGCUACCUUCCCCUCAUGAUGGACGGAGUGAACCGUCAUUGGUUCAACACCCUCACACAGAACAGCAUCGAUUCAUGGGACGAAGCCAGGGCCGCCUUCAUCCAACACUUCGCCAGUGCGUACACGCGCGCAACCACCAUAGAAGACUUGGACCGCUGUGUUCAAGGCCCACGCGAAUCGACUCGCCGAUGGGUACAACGCUUGCAAGACAUGUGGACGACCUCCAGCGGCAUCAGCACCGACACGGCAAUCUACUGCUUCCGAAGGUGCUGCCGAUAUGAACCACUCAGCGCCAAGCUCCGUCGAGUCAGCAGGGAUAACAUCUCCAUCGCUGAGCUCUUCGACAUCGCCCUGCGCUACGCUGAUGAAGACCCCACAGUCGACUCGGACGACGAGUACGGCCAGCGGCGCAAUCGCCACCCCACUCACUCCAACAACCGCCGCGGCGACUACCGGUUCAGCGGCCGGUCCAGUGGCGGCAAACGCCGCGCCGAUGGUGGCCACACGGAACUCGUCGCCAAUGCCGACUACGAGCAACGCGACCCGAAGUCGUUCCGCCGAGACAACCGCGCACCAAGAGAAGACCGGCCCCAGCCCAAGCGGUUCGACGCGUGCAGCUUGCUAGACGCCCCAUGCAUCUACCACAGCAGGGAGGGCAAGCCCUCCAACCACACGACUGGAAACUGCUAUUCUCUGAAGCAGAUCGAGAGAGCCCGCCGCGCCAAAGAAGCUAAUGGCGGUAACCAGCACAAGGACCGCGCCAAGGACCAGGACCAGAGUAAAGAAGAUGGAUUCGGACGUAGCGCCGGCUCGCUACACACCUUCGCCGGGGUCGGCGACCGCCGCGACCGGAAAGUCCUCACCAGGGCAGUCGCCGUGCAUGCAGUCUCAGUCGACGUGCCCCGCUGGCUAAACUGGUCCGAGCAAAGCAUCAUGUGGAGUCGUGAGGACCACGCCCCAGGCAUCGAAUACCCAGGCCGAGUGGCGCUAGUCGUCAGGCCAAAAGUGGCCGACUACUGGCUCCCGAAGACUCUGAUGGAUGGAGGAAGCUCCAUUAAUAUAAUGUACUACGAAACCUUCCAGCGACUCGGUCUGCCGGACUCGCGCCUCGAGAACACCAAAGUCACGUUCCACGGCAUCGUCCCAGGGCGGAAAGCCUUUCCAAUCGGCAAGGUCACGCUGCCAGUCACCUUCGGCACGCCCGUGAAUUACCGCACCGAGCGGAUAACAUUCGAGGUGGUCAACUUCCGCAGCCCAUAUCACUGCGUCCUCGGCCGCCAGGCGUUCGCCAGGUUCAUGGCCGCGCCCCAUUACGCCUACAACAUGAUGAAGAUGCCCGGGCCCCGCGGUAUCAUAACCGUCCACGGCGACCCGGCAAUGGCACUAGAGUGCGAGGACGACAGCGCCAAGCUCGCCGACGCCGUCAUCGCCGAAGAACUCGACAACAACGCCGAGCUCGCCAAGUACCCGAUCGACAGCAACGACCCCACCAUCCUCGAGAAGCCGACCGAGCUCGACUCACCUGCAGCGACCUUCAAGCCUACUACCGAUACUCGCCAAGUAGACCUUGUAGAAAAUGAUUCGAGUAGGUAG